AGUCGUUAUACGAAAUUUCAGUUAAGUGUUACAAAAUACUAGAAGUUCAUCUUCUUAUCUGUUAUAAAUAAAUAAAAAAAGAAUACUCGAUUAAUUAAAAAAUAUGUCUAAAACACGUUCCAUAAGUUUCUGUUUAUUGCUGCUUAUUGUUAUUGUUAUUUCUGCUAAUCAUAUGGGUGAAGCUGCUGAGCGUACUUGCCCAGAAAAUGAAACCUAUACGCCUUGCGGUGACAGUUGUCAAACUAGAUGCGCUACUUUGAAUCAACCUUGUUUAAUACGUCAUAUAAGAUGUCCAGAUGGUUGUUAUUGUAACAAGGGAUAUGCACGAGAUGCCGAUGGCAAAUGCAUACCGAUUAGUGAAUGCCCUGCUAAACAUUAAAAUAGUUUUUGGGAUUUAUAAUAAAAAUUAUAAAAAAAUUGAA